AUGCCAUCCCGGGCGGCGAAAGGGAAGAAGCGCGCCAUUGAGCAAGUACUCAGUGAUGCCGAGGGGAGCGACGCUGCGUCUUCGUUGAGGUCUGAUACACCGCUCUCACUUCCAGCCGCGAGGACGGUGCCAACCAAGAAACCGAAGCGAGCAGAAAUUAGAGUCUGUCCAGUAUGUGAAGUGUCCAUCCCUCUUAGACUCCUCGGGAAACACUGUGAUCUGGAAAUGGAGCGAGUAGAGGAAGUUAUGCGUAUGAUAGGUUCGACAGAGGUUCUAGCGGAUGCUGAACCAGACGACGGUCUCACGAGCCGAAGCCGUCGCUCUGCAGUGAAAACGCGUAACACCACCAGCUCCUCCAUCGCGUCUACCUCCGAAGUGACCCUCGAGCAAACUAGGAAGAUGCUGCGCGCCGUCAAGAGACAUCGCAAGCAGCGACACACGAAGUUACGUGAAGUUACGCGUGAUGAGGACGAAACGCGAUGGCAGGUGGAGGGAGAGGAAGGAACUAUAUGUCCAGUUUGUCAACGGCUCGUCAAAGGAGAUGCUGAUGUAGUAGACGCUCAUGUGGAUGCGUGCCUGGCCCAUGUUCAACUGCAAGAAGAGCAGACUCCCGGAACAAGUGGAAGCGGACACGGAGACGUUGACCGGGAUGUAGACAUUGAUGGGGAUGUAGAAGAGAUCCGGGAGAGUGCGACUGCUGGAGUGAGUUUCAGAGGCACUGGUUUCGAAAUACGAGACCGCGCACAACAAGAUGUCGAGGAUGAAAUAGACGUGGAUGGAGAGGACGAGGCAGUAUUCGGUGCCCCACAAUUCACUGAAAGUGACAUCCUCGCAGCCACGAGCGGUUUACACCAAGCUCGCUCGGCAAAUUCACCUUCGCCGUCAGAUGAUGGUUCGGACUUGGACGUAGAACGUGAAAGAGAGACAACAAUGAAGCUGACAAGUGGAAAGGAGAUAGAGUUGAAGACUCUGAGAGAUCUUGUGGCCGAGGGGAAGAUGAUACGCCGGCAAGCGGAGGUCGUUGAAGACGUAAAGCGGACCAUGGAAGAGGUGAUGGGUGUCGGAGAGACGGAUAGAGUAGAUCAGGCAGUUGAAAAGGCGCGACGGGAGGGUAACGACGUCGCGCUGAUCCAUGCACUAGAAAGCAAGGUCAAUCACAUGGUCUCAAUCCGCGUUUCAUCUUCGACGUCGUCACUCUGUCGCAUAUGUCUGGAUCCAUACACUGAACCUACCGUCUCCACAGGCUGUUGGCACACUUGCUGCCGCGAGUGCUGGCUGCGGUGCUUGGGUUCAACGAAGUUGUGCCCAAUCUGCAAGAGAAUCACCGCGGCAGCAGACUUGCGGAGAAUUUACUUAUAG